GAUCAUACUCUGGUAACCUGGCCGCCUGGUUCCGCCUUAAGUAUCCCCGACUUGUGGUAGGCGCCAUUGCUUCCAGUGCGCCUGUUCAAGCUAAAUUGGACUUUGAUGCGUACCUCAAAGUAGUCGACAAUGACCUGGGCGAAAGGUGCCUGGAAGAGAUUCGUUCUGCCAUGACAGAGUUCACCAGUCUGCUGGGCAGUUCUUCAGGUCGACGGGAAAUCACUAGAAAACUGAAACUUAGGCCUUCCCUAGAAAGUGCCAGCAAGCUAGACAUUUCAUCUUUAGUGCAUAUUUUUUCAAGUCCUUUUGCGUAUGCAACACAGGGUAAUGAUAACCAUAAUAGAAGAGUAAUUGCACUGUGUCGUCGAAUGUUUGACAAUGGUAACAAUACUACAGCGCUUGAACGACUUGGUAAAAUUGUCGGAAACGGUCAAUAUCUUUCUUACCAGUACCACUUAUAUAUUGAUUCGAUUAAAUUCACUAAAUGGUCUUGGAUUCGUCUUUGGGCGUACCAAACGUGCACAGAAUUUGGUUAUUUCCAAACCAGUGACUAUCCAAAAGAAGCAUUUGCCGACUACCUUACACUCGAUUUUCAUGUUCAACAAUGCAUAGACAUUUUUGGACCUCAGUUUAAUAGGCGAAAAAUUGAAGAAGCAGUGAACAGAGUUAACAAAAAUAACGGUGGCGCCAAUGUCUCCUCUACCACUAUGAGCAAUGUUGUUUUUCCUAACGGACUGGUCGACCCUUGGCAUGAGCUGGGAGUGCUGAAACCGCAGUCUAAUAAGCCAACUAUUAUUCCGAUAGUUAUUCCUGGAACAUCACAUUGUGCUGACAUGAAGGCGAGUACAAGUGAUGAUCCACCGGCCCUUAAGAAAGCUCGCGUGCAAAUUACAAACGCAAUUGGGCAGUUUUUAAACAGUUAUUAA